UGUAUGAAAACCACAAGAGCAUUGAAGUCAAUGACUACGGUGUGUUAGUGUGCGUGCAGGUGAGAUGAACGUGUAGAGCGGGACCGCGAGAGCCUCCGCCGCUCGCGCAGGUAGAGCCGCGGCCCGCGCCAGUACUGACACGCGCCCCGCGCGGCCGCGUUCCCUCGCACGGCUGCUGUCCGCCUCUCGCCGCGUAAACAAGACCGCAACCGCAAAACACCUGCACUAAAACAUAAACUAAGUGCAAGCAGUGCUCUGACAAUCUAAGCGACCAGUGCCUCUCACUAAACAUCGGAUCGCGACAAGAUAAUUGCGCGAAUGCCACGGUCCGCGGCCUACGCAGCCGGCGUCCCCUCCGUUCAUUCAAGGACCAAUAGUUGUAUUGAAUAUUGAACCCAUGCCGCCUCAGCUCGCUUUCGCGUGUGCGCAAUCUGUGCCGUUUUUGAAAUGAAUCAGAUAAACAUCACACGGCCUCUCUGAGCUGAUGACCGUCUGCGAAUCGGCUCUAACGACAAUGUCAAUCAAUCAAAAUGGAGUUAAGUUCAACAAACAGAAACAGCAACUAGGUAAACAGGGCCCGGAACCGGUCAACUUUCCACCGCGGUAUCACCCGCCUCCGCCGUCCGCGGCCGGUCCCAAACUAGCCACUAUUGACCCGUCCGCGAAGGAGUUCAAACCUCCUUACGUGGGAAAACCUGUGGACCCUAAUAAAAUACAAUAUCCCCUAGGAGCUCAACCUGCUGCAUAUCCGGGGGGAUCGAUUCCCUUUUCGAAGUAUCCCCAAGGAUACCCGGUUGGGUACCCUCAAGCGCCGGGAGCUUUACGUGUGCUGCGACCCCCCGGAGAGGUGGUCACGAAGGCGAUCGUGCACGAGCCCGGGCAGCCCACGGCACGCGCGCGCAGUGCGGACGAUACCCAGCGCGUGCAGCGAAACCUCGAGGAGGAGCAGAUCCACAGGAGAUCAGCUGACAUGCUCAAAUUCACUAAGCGAGUGGAUCCUGAUGGUCCCCGAGCUUCGACGGACCAGCGGCGUCAAAUUCAGACUCUUUUGGACGAGAUAAAAGCAUUGAAAGACGCUAACCGAAGACUGAGCGACGACAAUCAGGAGCUUCGUGACUUGUGUUGUUUCUUAGAUGAUGAUCGACAGAAAGGAAGAAAGUUAGCACGCGAAUGGCAAAGAUUCGGCAGAUACACGGCGUCGGUUAUGAGGCAGGAAGUUUCAGCGUAUCAAAGCAAACUAAGGGAACUGGACGAUAAACAGCAGGAACUGAUAAGAGAUAAUUUAGAGUUAAAAGAGUUGUGUUUGUACUUGGACGAGGAGCGCGAGAGAAGCACAUGUGUAAACUGCGGACGAGCGGCGGGCCGAGAACGAGACGACGGCGAUGGCAGUAGCAGUGGCACCAACGCCGAGGAGGUACGCGCACCCGCCGCACCCAUCACGCACCCGCAGCUGGCCGAGCGCACGGUGCAGUACGUGCGCGACCUGGAGCAGAAGGUUCGACGAUUGGAGGCAGAGAAAGGGGUCAACGGCGGCAUCGGCGAGCGACCCGAAGCGGUUGUCCGCGCGUUGCAAGUGUUAGAAGUCAGAGAGCGAGUGGAGAGAGAAAGAAGGAGACCAGCUCCUGACUUAGACUCUGGUGAGCAAGCCCUCGUACGAGAAAUGUGCAAUGUGGUAUGGGGAAAGUUAGAAGACGCCCCACCACAAGCGCCUCCACGGUAAAAAAGUUAGAUUAACUACUAAAGUUACUACAGUACAAAUCAAAUGUAUACGCGAAAUACUGUUACCCGCUGGAGUUUGAUUGGAAUCUGACUCUAUCGAGGUCACGGCGAGAUCGGAGGGGUCUCGUGACCCACAGACAACAGAUUGUAUGGUUGACCUUGUUUACUGAAUGCAACAGCGGUGGGAUUUCGUUAAUGAAAACGAUGCGUGAUGUGAUGAUGCCGAGAUUAAUAACAAAUCUUAUAAGAAACCGAAAAGUACAAAUCUAUAAAUUGUGUUAAAAAAAACUAGCAAGUGUUAAGUUAUUUUCAUAAGUAGUGUUCUUGAAACUUAAAUUUCCUAUCGUGGAUUCCUAUUUCGUUACAGAAGAU